UCUCAAAGUGAUGCGCCUGAUCUCUGGCCCUUGCAGAUGGCGGGUGAGGCAGAGCGCCGGGCCCUUGGUGUGUUCCAGUGCCAGCUCUGCAGCUUGACAGCGCCCUACAGCUACGUGGGCCAGAAGCCCCCCAACACCCAGUCUGUUGUCCUCCUGGAGGAGAGUUACGUCAUGAAGGACCCCUUUUCCUCGGACAAGGCCGCCUUCCUGGUCCUCGGCGCACAGUGCAGCCUGUGCAACAGGCUUGUGUGUGUGGGCCCGGAGUGCAGUCUCUUCUACACCAAGAGGUUCUGCCUGCCUUGCGUCCGGGAGCAUCUCAGUGCCUUCCCGCAGGAAAUUGGGCAAGACAUGGAAAAAAGGAAAGCUCCCUCCAAGAAGCCCUCCAGCCAGCACACGCAUGAGACGUGACCACCUCUGGGGCUGGGGGCCGGGCAGCGCGAUGCAGAUCUC